AUGUCCCUGAUCCACAGGCUUCAUUUGUGCGAGUACUGGGGCUGUGCUCUCAGCAAUGUGGCCUUCUGGGAAGGACGUCCAUUACCCUUGCUGGUUGUGAUGCAUGUGCCAUACAAACUGCCUGUAUCCUUGUCUAUUGGUUCCUGCGUGAUAAUCAAAGGAACACCGAUCCUCUCUUUUCUCAAUGACCCACAGCUGCAGGUGGAUUUCCACACUGGAAUGGAUGAGGAUUCAGAAAUUGCCUUCCAUUUCCGAGUGCACUUUGGCCAUCGUAUGGUCAUGAACAGUCGUGAGUUUGGGAUAUGGAAGUUGGAAGAGAAAUCAUACUUCGUGCCCUUUGAGGAUGGAGAACCAUUUGAGCUGCGCAUCUAUGUGCGUCACAGUGAGUACGAGGUAAAGGUAAAUGGCCAACGCAUUUACAGCUUUGUCCAUCGACUCCCGCCAUCAUUUGUGAAGAUGAUGCAAGUGUGCAGAGAUAUCUUCCUCACCUCAGUGUGUGUCUGCAAUUGAGAGAGAUGAUCACAUGCCUCACUGUUGAGGAAUCCCUUUUUCUACCUGACCAUGGGAUUCCUAGAGCCUUCUAACAGAAUAAUCCCUCUUUAUCCCUUCCCCCACAGUUGGUUAUUAAAAAAGCACCAAACCUCAUAUGCUUUGGUUCUUGCUUUAAGAGGGGGAAAGAGAAAGUGGUCAUCCUCAAGAGG